UAAAAACUGCACCCAACUUCCGAGGCGCCCUCAUUGCCAGCCGGACCCCAGCCUCCGACAGGUUCGGGCGCCCUGCUCGCCCCGUGCUCCGCUGCCCCCCGCCCAGCGCCCGGCCCCUCCGGCCCCACUCGCUUGCUUUCUCGGCCGUUCCGACGCCAUGGACACGUUCUGGUGGCGCGCAGCUUGGGGACUCUGCCUCGUGCAACUGAGUUUGGCGCAGAUCGACCUAAAUAUAACCUGCCGAUACAAAGGUGUAUUCCACGUGGAGAAGAAUGGUCGCUACAGCAUCUCGAAGACUGAGGCUGCUGACCUCUGCAAGGCCUUCAAUUGUACGCUGCCCACCAUGGCCCAGAUGGAGGCAGCCCUGCUCGCAGGGUUUGAGACCUGCAGGUACGGGUUCAUAGAUGGGCACGUGGUGAUCCCCCGGAUCCACCCCAAUUCCAUCUGUGCUGCAAACAACACGGGAGUGUACAUCCUCACAUCCAAUACCUCCCAGUAUGACACGUAUUGCUUCAAUGCUUCAGCUCCACCUGAAGAAGACUGCACAUCAGUCACAGACCUGCCCAAUACCUUUGAAGGACCAAUUACCAUAACUAUUGUUAACCGUGACGGCACCCGGUACACCAAGAAAGGGGAAUACAGAACUAACCCCGAUGACAUCAACCCCAGCACCACUCCCGAGGAGGACAUGAGCAGUGGAUCCUCCAGUGAGAGAAGCACUUCAGGGGGCUACAACAUCUUCCACACCCAUCUUCCAACCGUGUACCCGACCUCGGACCAAGAUAGUCCCUGGGUCCCCAGCAACCCAGAGACUACCCCAGCUACCACUGUGAUGAGCACUAGUGGUACAACUUCCAAAACAGCAACCAAGAGGCAAGGAGCCCAGGAUUGGUUUUCUUGGUGGUUUCAGCCAUCAGCAUCCAAGAUUCAUCUUCAUACCACAACAGUAAUGGCUGGUACGGAUUCAAAUAUCAUCUCAGCAGGCUGGGAGGCAACUGAAGAAAAUGAAGAUGAAAGUGACAGACACCCCAGUUAUUCUGGAUCAGACAUUGAUGAUGAUGAAGAUUUUAUCUCCAGCACCAUUUCAACCACGCCACGGGUUUUUAACCACCCACAACAGAACCAGGAUUGGACGCAACCGAGCCCAGGCCAUUCGAAUCCAGAAGUAUCACUUCAGACAACCACAAGGAUGACUGAUGUGGACAGAAGUAGCACCAGUGCUUACGGAGAAAAAUGGACCCAGGAAACACACUCUUCUCUCAGUCACCAUGGAUAUCAUGAUGAAGAGGAGACCCAGCAUCCUACAAGCACAACCCGGGCACCCCCUACUAGUACAACGGAAGAAACAGCUACCCAGAAAGAGCAGUGGUUUGAGAAUGGAUGGCCUGGGGAAUAUCCCCAAAUGCCAAAAGAAGACUCUCAUUCAACAGCAGGGACAACUGCAGCCUCAGCCCGUGACAGCCAUCAAAAUCAAAGAGUGACAGUGCAGAGCCAAGAGGACCGUUCCUGGACUUAUUUCUUCGACCCAGUCUCACAUCCAAUGGGACGAGGUCAUCAAACAGAAAGAAGGAUGGAUGUGGACACCAGCCAUAGUACGACGCUUCAGCCUUCUGCAGAUCCAAACACAGGUUUGGUGGAAGACUUGGACAGGACAGGACCUCUUUCAGUGACAACUCAGCAGAGUGCUACUCAGAGCUUCUCUACAUCGCGUGGAGGCUUGGAAGAAGACAAAGACCAUCCCGUGACUGCUACUCCAACAUCUAGCAAUAGGAAUGAUGGCACAGGUGGCAGAAGAGGUGAAAAUCUUCCUGAAGACUCAACUACUUCAGUGGAAGGUUAUACUCCUUAUUCUCCAGACACAAAUGAAUACAGAACCCUCAUCCCAGUGACCCCUGCUAAGACUGGGUCCCCUGAAGUUACUAUUGUUGGAGAUUCUACUUCUAAUGUUGAUCUUUCUUUAUCAGGAGACCGAGACUCAUCCCAUGACCCCAGCGGGACGUCCUAUACGACUCAUGGAUCCGAAUCAGCUGGGCACUCAAGUGGGAGUCAGGACCGUGGGGCAAACACAACCUCAGGUCCUAUGCGGAAACCUCAAAUUCCAGAAUGGCUGAUCAUCUUGGCAUCUCUCCUGGCCCUGGCUUUGAUUCUUGCAGUUUGCAUCGCUGUCAACAGUAGGAGAAGGUGUGGGCAGAAGAAAAAGCUGGUGAUCAACAAUGGCAAUGGCACUAUGGAGGACAGAAAGCCCAGCGGACUCAACGGAGAAGCUAGCAAGUCUCAGGAGAUGGUGCAUUUGGUGAACAAGGAGUCGACAGAGACCCCAGACCAGUUUAUGACCGCAGAUGAGAGGCGGAACCUGCAGAAUGUGGACAUGAAGAUUGGGGUGUAACACCUACUCCAUGACCUUGGAAAGAAACCAUUGUCAGAGACAUAAUCUUUACAGGGAGCUGGGACACUUCACAGAUGCGAUGUGCUACUGAUUGUUUCAUUGGGGAUCUUUUUUCAGCAUAAAAUUUUCUAUUCCUU